AUGCGGACUCAUCGCUUUUUCUUCAUUGCGGUACUCGGCUUGGUACCGGGCCCUAGCUCUCAGCAAAUUUCAGUUAUUACCCCAAAGUGUGAUAAAAACGCAAACGUCAAGUUCAAUCCCGAAAAUUGCAAAACAGCUUUGAAACGGGUGCUAUACGAGCCCGGAAACAUCUUGGAUAGAGUGGAAACACACGUUGAAAGGGCUUCCGGAAGCUGCGUUGUAAGACCUCUCAUCGGCUCAACCUCAUUUAACGAGUCUAGUUCAACUUCAAAUGUAUUCAACCAGCUUCCCCGAGUUGAUAAUGACAAUGAUGAUUGGCCUUCCUCAACAGAUAGUAUUCAGCUCGAAGGUACUGAUUGGCAAAGUCCUCUGAUCUUUAGCUCCAAAGAUUCAUUUGAACUCAGCAUCAAUAAGAUACUGACACAAUGUAAGGAUACCGCCGGAUCCAUAUCCCACCCUACUAUUUCAGGGGUCACAUUUCAGGUCAGACCCCGCGGCAAAGACCCGGUUUAUGAGGAAGACUUUCCAGCGGAAAAACCAGCAUGCUAUGGGGUCGCAGACGCAAGGAAAUCAGCAGCCGGAUUGAAAGUAGAUUGUAACGUAGCCUACGGUGCAAUAUUCAGCUAUAAUGAUCGGUCUUUUUCGUUGGACGGGUACAACCCAACUAAUGUGGCCAGAAAAGGUGUUGGAAUAUGCCAGGUACAAGUAUUCACGUCGGAUGGAUCAAUCAUUAAGGCUUCAAUCCAACAACUUGACCCGAUAUUCAAAAAGAUGACUGCCAAAUGUGAUACGCGGAAUGUUAUGUCAGUAUGGUGCGAUCAUCUCCCAUACCGGGGCAACAGGAAGGAAUGGAAGAGUAUUCCUUAG